AUGUCUACACCCAUCACCCCACUCGUCGAGUCUCAGCAAACAAAAACGAAAGCCCCUUCGCCGACACCUCCUACGCUGACUGUGUUCGAUGGAGUUACCAAUGCCCUCCUCCUCAGCUCGAUCGGAUUUCUCUUGGGUGCUCUGUUUGUGGCCUUGACAACAGAAUAUGGGCUGCUCUACACCAAUGCACCCACGACAGCAGAUGCCUAUCUGGCAGUUGAACAGGCAUAUUUGACGUUGUGGACAAGUCCACUAGCCGUCAGAGCGAUCUUCCAUCUACUCCUACUCUUGCCAAUAUUCACUCUUUCAGUCAAGGUAUCUCGGUACACGGAGGCGGCAAUCUACUUCGACGGACUCUGUCUUGCAAUGAUGCUCUUGGUCCUGGGGCUCUACACGGGCUCGACAGUCCCGAACCUGCGCAAGCUGGCUUUUGCACCCUCUAACCAAGCGCUCUUGGACCUGGUCAACAACUCCCCCAAUCUCAAGAUCCCUACAGGCUUCGAUCCGUUAUCUCCCGCCAGCAUUAUCAACGGGAUUCUCGUCCUCCUAAGCCACCCUGCCAGUAUUUUACUCAAGCCCCACAAGGCACUCGAGAACGAGCAGGAAUUUAAGAAAGCGCUCGAGCUCAACCCGAUUGAUGAGAAGAGUCGCCAUGAGCUACUCUCAGUCACCGCCGCCGGCCACUCGAUCGCCAUCUUCUUGCUCAUUGGAAUCAUCAUCUUGCAGAUCGGUAAGGUAUACGCUGAGGUCGAGGAUGCCAAUUUGAAGGCCAAGUUCGAACUCGAAGAAUCUCAACGAGUAGCCCAGGAUAGAAAGGACCAGUAA